GCUAAGCAUGGGAGGAAGUGGAGGAAGAAAUUUAGACGAAACGCCUACUUGGGCUAUAGCCGUUGUUUGCUUUGUUUUGCUCUCCAUAUCUAUCACCAUUGAGCACAUCUUCCAUGUCAUAGGAAAGUGGUUUAAGCAGAAGCACAAAAGAGCUCUAUACGAGUCACUUGAAAAGAUCAAAUCAGAGCUUAUGUUGUUGGGGUUCAUAUCAUUGCUCCUAACGGUAGGACAAGGUCUAAUAUCGAGGAUAUGCAUAUCAGAAAAGGUUGCCGGAACAUUUCACCCCUGCAGUACCAAAAGAGUGAAACACAGCACGCCCCCAUUAGAUCAUGAUGAUGACGAAACCAAUGGCCAGAGAUUACUAGCGGCGAUUCUCAGUUCCGAUGACGAGAGUCACCGGCGCAUUUUAGCCUUGGGUGCAAGGGACAAGUGCGCAGCCCAGGGUAAAGUCCCGUUUGUCUCAUCCGAGGCCAUUCAUCAACUCCAUAUAUUUAUCUUCGUGCUGGCUGUGUUUCAUGUUCUUUACUGCAUACUCACUCUAGCUCUGGGUAGAGCAAAGAUGAGAAGAUGGAAACGGUGGGAAGUGGAAACCAAGACAGCAGAGUACCAAUUUUCACAUGAUCCUGAACGAUUUCGAUUUGCGAGAGAGACAUCGUUUGGAAGAAGACAUUUGAGUUUUUGGACCCAAAAUACAGUCCUUGUUUGGAUUGUUUGUUUCUUCAGACAGUUUGUACAGUCAGUUCCUAAAGUAGAUUACUUGACAUUGAGACAUGGAUUUAUGAUGGCACAUUUGGGGCCUCAAAGUCACCAGAAAUUCAACUUUCGGAAAUAUAUCAAAAGAUCUCUGGAAGAGGACUUCAAAGUGGUCGUUGAAAUCAGUCCUCCAAUCUGGUUCAUCACAGUGCUUUUUCUCCUGUUUAACACUCACGGCUGGUACUCUUAUCUGUGGCUGCCAUUUGCUCCUUUGAUUAUUGUUCUAUUAGUUGGAACCAAGCUGCAAGUGAUAAUAACAAAGAUGGGUCAAAGAAUUCAACAACGAGGAGAAGUUGUAAAGGGAGUGCCACUGGUGCAACCUGGGGAUGACCUCUUCUGGUUUAACAAACCUCGACUUAUUCUCUACCUCAUUAAUUUCGUGCUCUUUCAGAAUGCUUUUCAGCUUGCUUUCUUUUCAUGGGCUGCGCUUCAAUUUAUGAUGAAAUCCUGUUUCCAUUCCCAAAAACAGGGCGUGGUGAUCAGAAUCUCAAUGGGGAUCUUCGUUCAAUUCCUUUGCAGCUACGUGACCCUUCCUCUCUAUGCUCUCGUGACACAGAUGGGUUCAACAAUGAAGCCAACCAUUUUUAACAAAAGAGUAGCCACAGCUCUAAGAAAGUGGCACCACACAGCGAAGAAGAACGUAAAACAGAACCGUGGAUUGCGAUUGCAGACUCCUUCAUCAACCAGGCCCACGACCCCGAACCACCCUAAGUCUCAGGUUAAUUUCCUACGCCGCUACCAUAGUGAAAUGGCCCCUUAUCCCUCGUCUCCAAUAAGGUUCGAUUUUGAGGCAAAUCUUUCUUAUGAGGUCAAUGCUACUAGUUCUUCUAUUCACCACCAUGAAAUGGAAAUGGGUCACCAGGCCUAUGAUCAUGCUGAAAAGGUUGAUGAGCCCAGCUCUACCCUUGUGGGUUUAAGUCUGCCUCAACGCGAGAUUGAUAUCGAACAUGGCAAGGAAUUUUCUUUUGAUAAUAAAGAAUGACUACACGUUUUAUUAAAUGUCAAAAUGACAAAGGUGAUGUUGAUUUUAGUAGCAUCUCACCUAGUGUGUAGAUCUUUCAAGGCAUUGAAUAUUUUGUAAUAUAUUAUUUAUACACAUAGUUGCAGGUGUUCCCCUUAGCAAAUCAUUCCAAAAGUCAGAAUUUUUGUUAAGAUGUAAUUUGAAUGUGAACUAGUGUUGUAACUAAAGGAACAAACUACAAUUGGAUUUCUUUUUCACCUGAAGGUGUAGAGAGGAACUUAUUGUUUUCAAGUAA